AUGUCGCGUGAGCAUCAAAAUUCCAUAGAGGCAGCGACGAAUGAAGUUUUGCGCAGCAUUGCUCUUUCACCCGAGCGCCAUGUUGAGUCGCACCUGAACGGGACCGAGGAGGGCAUUGCGAAUGAAUUAGGUAUUGGCUAUCGCAUCGUGGAGGUGGAGGGGCAGACUGCCACGGACAGGGGUGAGCUACGGGAGGUGCUGCCUUCUGUGGAUUUGGCCCGGAAAGUCUCGACAAAGUACGAGAGGGUCAACGAAUCAGCGCAGCAGGUGAAAAUCGAAGAUAGUAUAUUCCCUGAUAGUAGUGAUAUCAGCGGCCUCCCCCGACAACCCUUAGGCGAGGCGGUGCUGACUGAACUGGCCAACGAGGAUGCUUCUCUAGUGAUGCUUCAACAGACUCAAUUCCUAACAUCCCCAUCAAAGUCACCAAAGAUGACAUCUUUUUUGGACUCUAAUCACACUGGGACUUGUUCAGCAGCCAAGAAUGAGGCGGAAGUGGAUACCACCUCGAUUAUUUCCUUUAGCGGUUCCACGCCGGAUAACAUGGAAAUUGUUCCAAACAACAGCAUGAACACAACUGAAUACAGCAGUAAAAGUGACGCUCCUGAUCUACCGGAGUUUGAAACAAUAACUACACCCCUACUCAGAGAUGACUACUUCUACGCAUACUCAAAACAACCUUCAGAAGGAACGGUACGGCGGCGCAUCAUGCGAGCUGUGGAAGUAGUGCCUAUUGGUGGAUGUGUUAUUUGCGUCUGCCAUGACGUAAACCCGAUCGCUGAGAUUGAACUAGUAGCCAUUGCGCUGAAUAUGCCCAUCGUUACAAUCGAUCUUGGAGUAAAGUUGCGUCUAAGACCUAGGCCAGAAGCGUUUGCCAAGCAAUUCAAGACUGCCAUGUAUGAGGGGGCGUGGUUUGUUCUUGUAAAUGCGCACAAGUCCAUUGCUACUUGCCGCGUUCUUGAGGAGCUCCUGAAGGAGGUUGAAAGCCGUAACUUUGAGGGAAUUAGUCCCAAUGCCCGCGUUAUUAUCUGCAUGGAGCCACAUCCACACUUUCCGAAAUUUCUAUUUAAGCGAGCAGAGGCCACAAGGAUUCAAAGUUGCCUGUCAGAGUCAGGGUCAGAACUUUCGAUGGCAGCGUCCAUAUCACGUAAUCGCCUUGUAACUGCAGGGUCGUGGUGUACACGAAAAAGUCCUGACCUAAGUGUCUUAACUACGUCAGGACGACUCCUGGGGAUUCCUGCGAAAAGGCGCAGUGUACGCAUAAACUCCUCUGUGGAUGUGGUGGAUAUUGCUCCACGUGAGGUGGUGGUUGCGACUCGAGAGCGCCCACUUCAUAAUAAUGGUACUGUUGCCCUUUGUUCCGCCUCUACUGGUGUUCCAGGGGAUAAGUUCCUUUGUGUGGUCUCCGCUGGUGUUGAAGGACGCUUUGCCGUGGGUUCUUCCAUGGGCAAUAUAUAUUUUUUGGAUGAGCUUGGUAAUUCCCUUAUCCAGGCCCACACACAUGAGAGCGCCAUCUGGGACAUAAGCUUUAAGGGGAAGUAUGAAUUUGCUACGGGCUGUGAGGACGGUAAUGCCGUUGAAUGGACCUUUGAGACAGGGGACGCCGACGGGGCGGCACUUUCACCGAGUUCAUCAGUAUCUCUGGGUACCGAUGUAUAUUGUCUAACCUACUUGCAUGGCGACUCGGCUUCACCGCUACUCGUUGGCGGACUCAGCCACAGCUUGAUUCUUUGCUCUAAAAAGAAAGAGGUACAACGUCUGAAUAUCUCAUCCAACGCACAAGUAAUGGACUGCAUUCCUGAAGAGCCUACUGUAUUAGUGGGAGGCAGCGAUGGAUCUCUAACAGCUGUGGACGCCUUCUCUGGAUCUAUUGUGACUUCCUUUAAGGAACACUCAUGUAAACUACCGGCAGUAACAGUUCGAGACGCCAACCAGUUUUUCACCGGAUCCUUUGAUGGCACCAUUCUUUCCUGGGACUACCGCGCUCCUCCUCGCCCUACAGGAAAGCCCGCUAUGGGCGACUUGCCAACGGCAAGCUUGAGACACACGCUGAAACUGAAGAAUUAUGUGACUGGGCUUCACGUUGAUGAUCUGCAUUUGGCAGCAAGCGUUGGCGAAAGUUUGUACCUUUGGGAUGUGCGCAAUCUAAGGGAGGUUUUUGGGGGCUAUCCACAGGCCUGGGAGGGACUUUCGCGAGGUGUGAGAGUUACAAGCGCUUCUCGGUGUGUUGUAACCGCAUCACAGGACGGCUACGUCCGCUUCUGGAGCUUUGUAUAG